AUGGACUUCGACCUGGUCAUCCCGCAGCUCGGAGGUUUCGGCCGUUAUCAGAAGCGGCUGGCGGCCGCCGUCUGUCUCCCGAACUUGCUGCUGGCUUUCAGCUUCUUCAGCGAUGUCUUCCUCAGCCGGACCCCCAGCCACCACUGCCGGCCUGACCCGCAGCUCUUGCCCCUUGCCCUCAGAAACCUGUCGGGCUCUCUUCUUCUUAACUACAGCCUGCCACUGCGAAGCGGCAGCGAGCCUUUUCCCGCCAGUUGGAGCCGCUGCCGGCUGUACCAAUAUCCGUUAACGGUCGGCGCGAGCCGGCCACUGCCCAACGGCACGGUCUCGUGCACCCGAGGCUGGCAGUUCCAGCCACGCGACAGCCUCCACAACAAUAUCGUUACUCAGUGGAACUUGGUUUGUAAGAACUAUUGGAAGGUUCCACUGGAGCAAGUGAGCCACAAGAUUAGUUGGACUGUUGGAUAUUUAACCCUAGGAUCUGUUGCUGACCGCCUGGGCCGCCGAAAUACAUUCAUUCUCUCGCUAAUUCUAUCAAUUAUUCAGCAUAUUGGAGUUUCUAUCUCUGUGGAUUUCCUCAUGUUUGUUCUGUUCCAUAUGUUCAGUGGCUUAGCAUCAGCUGGACUCUUUUUGUCUAUAUACAUUGCAAGGUUGGAGAUGUGUGACCCACCCCACCGACUGAUGAUCACAGUGAUUGCUGGAUCCUUUACAGUGGCUGGGGAGAUGUUGCUGCCAGGAUUAGUUAAGUUAUGCAGAGAUUGGCGAAUUUUGCAGACUGUUGUCACUGGCCCCUUCGUAUUACUACUCAUUUAUUGGUGCAUUCCAGCUUUGUUCCCAGAGUCUCCACGCUGGCUUCUUGCGACCAGACAGAUUCAGAAGUGUAAGCACAUCAUGCAGGAUAUUGCAGCUAGUAAUGGUGUCAAUGUGGAUGAUGAAUUAUACACACCAAACAAUGUAUUUAAUGAGAUUGAUGUUUUAUUUGGAGAGUUUACAGAGUCUCGUAUUUACAGCUUCUUUGAUAUGGCCACUACUAAAGUCAUUUGGAAGAACAUAUUGAUACUGGGGUUCACCACGUUCAUUGGCAGUGGAAUCCAGCAUUGCUUUUCCCAAACCCUCACUGACUAUAGCUCCAAUUUCUACUUGAGCUAUUUCAUCGCCGUCGCUGCUGAAGGCAUGGCCCUCCUUUUUCUAUACUUUACCGUGAACAGGUUUGGCCGUCGUGGCAUUCUGCUACUGUCAACAAUCAUCACAGGCAUGUCAUCGCUGUUGUUGCUUGCUCUCUCACAGUAUCUGCAUCAAAUUCUUCAACUGGCUCUUUCCGUCCUGGGUCUCUUCUCAGCUUAUGUUGUUGUUACACUGAGUAAUUUUUUUGCCAGUGAGGUUAUUCCAACCGUAGUUAGAGGUGCAGGCUUAGGUCUUGUUAUGGCAACAAGCUGCAUUGGAAAAGCAACAUCUCCGAUAAUGGAUCUCCAUAAUAAACAUGGCUUCUUUCUCCUGCAUGUUGUGUUUGCCUCUUUUGCUGUCCUCUCAGUGCUGUGCAUCAUGUUGCUUCCAGAAAGCAAACGGAAGCCACUCCCAGAGUCUUUAAAAGAUGGUGAAAAUCAGAGACGCCCUCCCAUGUGUUUAUCACGAAACAAGGAUAGAGCUCCUCUGCUUCGCUCAUAUCAACAUAGGUGUUAUAAUCCAGAAAACUAUUCCAAGCUUGUAACUGCAACCAAGAAAAUACUGGUCCAUAACAUCCAUUUUGAAUCACAAGAUCUUGUAAAUGAAAGUGUGAUUGAUGAGAUCAGAGAUUCAACGUCUUAG